AUGCAUCUGGCCUGGAAUCCCCCACAGAACUACCGCAGUCGGCCGGUGGCCGUGCUAGGCGCUGGCGUCCUGGGGCGAAGGAUUGGUAUGUUUCACCUCCUCUUAGUAACUUUUGAUUUGACCCUUGCAGCAUGCAUUUGGGCCUCCGCAGGCUACAACGUCAGCGUCCGAGAUCCCAACCCGGAGCAGCGGACGGCAGGCGUGGCCUAUGUGGAAGAGAAUGUCGUGGCGUAUGCGCAGAAGACCGGGCAGCUACCGGGCAAAUGCCAGGCAUUCCCGGACAUCAAGGGCGCCGUCGACAACGCGUGGCUGGUUAUCGAGGCCGUGCCCGAGAAGAUCGAGCUGAAGAUUGCGACGUUCGCGGAGCUUGAGGCUACUGCUCCGAGGGAUUGCAUCCUGGCCUCCAACUCCUCGUCGUACAAGUCCUCGGAGAUGAUCGUGGGCGUCUCUGACAGCGCCAAGGCCCGCAUCCUCAACAUGCACUACUACAUGCCCCCGGCGUGUAUGAUCGUCGAGCUAAUGACCGACGGGUAUACCCACGAGGGCCUGAUCCCCUUCAUGGCGGAGCGCUCCAAGGAAGCGGCGACAAGCCCCUACGUGGCCCGCAAAGAAUCGACGGGCUUCAUUUUCAACCGCCUAUGGGCGGCAGUCAAGCGCGAGGUGCUAACCAUCCUGUCCGACGGCGUAUCCGAACCCAAGGAGAUAGACUCGAUGUGGAACGAAAUGUUUGUCAAGGGGAAUACCCUGCCUUGUGAGAUGAUGGAUCGGGUCGGGCUGGAUACUGUUGCGUUCAUCGAAAAGCACUACAUCGAUGAGAGGGGGCUGUCCCCGGGAACGACGGUCGACUUCCUGCAGAAACACUACCUGAACGAUGGCAAACUGGGCAAUAAGUCCUCCAAGGGGGGUCUCUACCCGCCCGCCGAGCCCCAGGCAACCGCUCCGUCCACCCAAUCGAAGCUCCUGGUUUUGGAUCUGGGACUGUCCGCUGCUACAUCCCCCUUGCAGUCCGGUGAGAUCCUCGAGUUGACGACGGAGGGAAAGCUCCAACACUGUGUGGUGCCCCAGCAGGCCUUGCCGGACGGUCUGGGCGUUGACCGCGACAGUGGUCGCAUCUUCUGGACCUGCAUGGGCACCCCGGGAAAGAUGGACGGCGCCGUGUACUCGGCCACCCUCGACGGCGGUGAUAUCCGCACGCUUGUGGCCCCCGGUACCGUCAACACUCCAAAGCAAUUGGCGGUGCAUGCCGCCGCGCAGAAGAUCUACUUCUCCGACCGCGAGGGGGCAUGUGUCUACCGGUGCGGCUUCGAUGGCGCGGAUUUGGAACUCCUGAUUGACAACCGCUCGCGGACCGACACCGACUACGUCCGCCAGUGGUGUGUUGGCGUGGCGGUGGCUCCGACUCUAGGACGAUUCUACUGGACACAAAAGGGACCCUCCAAGGGCGGCAAAGGACGCAUCUUCUCCGCCUCCAUCGCGACCCCGGUGGGCCAGUCGGCCAGUUCGCGGGACGACGUGCAGUGUAUCCUGGGCGACCUCCCCGAGCCCAUCGACCUCGAGAUCGACGAGACGUCGCGCACACUUUACUGGACCGACCGCGGUGAACUCCCCUUCGGUAACUCGCUGAACAAGGUGACCCUGGAUGCGGCGGGUCUCCCGGAGCCGCCCACGUCAUCCCGGAAAUAUGAGAUCGUCACCCGGAAUCUGAACGAGGCAAUCGGACUGACAUUGGACCGGGAGCAUGGCUGCGUCUAUAUCACCGACCUAGGGGGCAGCAUCUACCGGUGUAACCUGGACGGCACGAAGAAGGAAAGACUGCAUCUGGACGACUCUCGGGCGUUUGCGGGCAUU